AUGGACCGUUGGCGCGGACCGGCUAGGGUCGCUUACAAGCCGUGGAAGAUCCCCGAGCCAAGGGGCGAGGCAGAUUCAGUGGGUCGCGGUGCUGAGUCCCAGGGCACGGUGGGCGAGACCUGCACCACAGCCCCGGCGGCCGGGCAGUCCACAUCCAGAUAUAGAUCUGAUAAAACUGAAGAAACCUUUACAGUAGACGAUGCACUGGAGGCCAUCGGUUUUGGGAAGUUCCAGUGGAAAAUCUCCCUCCUCACCGGACUGUCAUGGAUAGGAGACUCCAUGGAGAUGAUGAUCCUCAGCAUCUUGGGGCCCCAGCUGCACUGUGAGUGGAGGCUGUCCAGCUAUAAGGUGGCUCUCAUUACAUCGGUGGUGUUUGUUGGGAUGGUGAUCAGUUCACCUGUAUGGGGGUAUGUGUCUGACAAGUAUGGCAGAAAAGUUGGUCUGACACUUUGUAUGUGCUGGACUCUGUACUACGGCCUGUCCAGUGCCUUUGCUCCGGUAUACGGCUGGCUCUUGGUCCUGCGGGGCCUCGUGGGCUUUGGCAUCGGAGGAGCUCCUCAGUCGGUGACGCUCUACUCUGAAUUCCUCCCAGUGAAGUUCAGAGGCAUGUGUAUCAUGAUGAUUGCGGUAUUCUGGGCAAUUGGUUCUGUGCUCGAGGUCCUCCUGGCCCUGUGGAUAAUGCCCACUCUCGGCUGGAGGUGGCUGCUCGGCCUGUCCACUUUACCAAUGGCGAUCUUUGUUUGCUUUUGCUUUUGGCUGCCCGAAAGUCCCCGUUUUAACAUGCUGAAGGGACAAAGAGAAAAGGCCAUGGCAACUUUAACACGCAUCGCCAAAGGGAAUGGCAAGACCAUGCCUAAAGGGAAGAUGGUUGCUUAUAAACAGAAUGACUGUGGACAGAUCAAAGAUCUCUUCACUCCUCAGUAUUGGAGGACUACUCUUCUCCUGUGGUUUGUAUGGUUUGCAUAUGCCUUCUCCUACUACGGGAUAGUCUUGUUGACAACUGUGAUGUUCCAAACUGGAGAUCCAUGUGGGGCAUCCCAAGGGGCCAAGAUUGAACCGAGCUGUAAUCUGGAGUGCAAAUAUUUGACAUCAGCUGACUACAAAGACCUUUUAUGGACAACGUUGGCCGAAUUCCCAGGUAUUUUAGUUAUCGUUCUGGCAGUUGAUUUUAUUGGUAGGAAGAAGAGCAUGGCACUGUGUUUCUUCAUGUUUUCUUUGUGCAUUCUGCCCUUAUAUGCUUGUGUUGGGAGGACGGCUCUUACAAUCUUCAUCUUUGUUGCCAGAGCCUUUAUCUCUGGAGGAUACCAAGUUGUUUUUGUUUACACACCAGAGGUGUUUCCAACAGAAAAUCGAGCCUUAGCAAUGGGGACUUCCAGUGCGAUGGCCAGGAUGGGUGCCCUGAUCACCCCCUUUGUGGCACAGGUGAUGCUCAGAACGUCACUGUAUUUGAGCCUGUCGUUGUACUGUGGCUGUUGUCUGCUGGCUGGCGUUGUGUGCUUGAUCCUGCCUAUUGAGACGUUAGGCAGGGGUCUGCAGGAAUCCGGUCUCGACCAGGAAGCCGGGGGACAGACAACCGCCGCAACCAGCCAGUCAAAUGGUACAACACACUCCUCGGACCAGGGUUAGAUUGACCAGGAGGAAGGAGAAAAAAAGAAGAAAAAAAAAACACUGAAAGGGGGAUAUUUUGUCACCUCCCAGGCUGCUGCAGAUGCCGCAGUUGUCUCUUUAACUAUGGACUGAAUCAUCUGAGCGAUGAUGGGUGAAGAGCAGCAGGGGACAAUCUCAUUAAAGGCAGGGAGUGAUAAUUGAGGGUAGGCCUACUGCCCAUGUCUAAUGAGAGCGGAAACACAUUUGGACUUGGACUGGUUUGUUUAUCCUCUCUUCCAUUUAGGCCAUGAGAACCAACAGAGGGACAUUUUGGAAAAUGAAGAUGUUCUUUGCAGGCUCUGCUUAGAGCUACACAUUUCAAGCCUUGCCCUCAAGAGGCUCAGAAUUUUAUUUUAUACAUUUUAGAUAAAGAUUACUUCUUGGAUUUAUUUUUGUAUGAAGCCAUGUGUCUUUUGUCCAUUUAAGCACGUCAAUCUGCCUUAAGCUUUGUUUCAUUUUGUCAGUAAAUCUCAGAGUAUAUCUCAGAUAUACAUGGUUCUGUUAUUAUGGGCCUACAUGAUCGAUUGGUUGAUUAAUCGAUUAGUCUAGAGCUGAUUAAUCGAUCGGCAAAAAAUGAUUUGACAAUU